UGCCUACUGCAUUCCUGCUGCUGGAAACGAACACUGAAGCAUCCCAAAGCUUUUUUACUGGAGUGUAAGGACUUCUAAUAGCAUUUCUCUUGAGCCGGCGGUAGACGGACUAUUGCUGUUAAUUCAGAUAAGCAUGGAUAUGAACAGACGUGGAAUGCCUCCAUCGAUACCUGAGGAUGGAGAAGCUGUACACCACAGUCCUCACAGCGAGAUGAACGGCUACCAUCAGAGGCUUCAGGGCGGUGGAGGAGAUGGAGCGGAGGAUGAGGUCCCCGUGUCCAAAUCACAGAGGCGGAAGAGUGAUGUGAAAGUCUACAAGGAGUUUUGUGAUUUUUAUGCUCGCUACAACAUGGCCAAUGCACUGGCCAAUGCCAUGUGUGAGCGCUGCAAGAGUGGCUUUGACCCAGUAGAGAAGAUAGUGAACAGCAACGGGGAACUUUACCAUGAGCAGUGCUUCGUGUGUGCCCAGUGUUUCCAGCAGUUCCCAGAGGGGCUCUUCUAUGAGUUUGAAGGCAGGAAGUACUGUGAGCAUGACUUCCAGAUGCUGUUUGCACCUUGCUGCCACCAGUGUGGUGAGUUCAUUAUUGGCCGUGUGAUCAAGGCAAUGAACAACAGUUGGCAUCCAGACUGCUUCUGCUGUGAUAUCUGCCAGGCUGUGCUCGCAGAUGUUGGAUUUGUUAAGAAUGCUGGAAGGCAUCUGUGCCGCCCAUGUCACAACAGAGAGAAAGCUCGGGGCCUCGGCAAGUACAUCUGUCAGAAGUGCCACGCCAUUAUUGAGGAGCAGCCUCUGCUUUUCAAGAACGACCCCUACCACCCUGAUCACUUCAACUGCAACAACUGCGGUAAGGAGCUGACAGCUGAUGCAAGGGAGCUGAAGGGGGAGCUCUACUGUCUACCCUGCCACGACAAGAUGGGUGUCCCGAUCUGUGGAGCCUGUAGGAGACCCAUUGAAGGCCGUGUGGUUAAUGCAAUGGGCAAGCAGUGGCAUGUGGAGCAUUUUGUGUGUGCUAAGUGUGAGAAACCUUUCCUGGGACACCGUCACUACGAACGCAAGGGCCUGGCCUACUGCGAAACGCACUACAACCAGCUGUUUGGGGAUGUUUGCUACCACUGCAAUCGUGUUAUUGAAGGCGAUGUGGUGUCUGCUCUUAACAAGGCGUGGUGUGUCAACUGUUUUGCCUGCUCUACUUGCAACACCAAGCUCACCCUGAAGGAUAAGUUUGUGGAGGUGGAUCUGAAGCCGGUGUGCAAACACUGCUAUGAGCGCCUCCCUGAUGACAUGAAACGUCGGCUGGCCAAGCGAGAACGUGACUCAAAAGAGAAGAAGAAGAAAUUGAUACCCAUGAACAAGUUUGUGGAGUUUGACAUGAAGCCGGUGUGUAAGAAGUGCUAUGAGAAAUUCCCUCUGGAGCUGAAGAAGAGACUGAAAAAGCUGUCUGAAACUGUUGCAAGGAAGUAAAAACACAGUGGAGCAGCUGGAGAGGGAAAGAUAGAUGAGACCGUGAGGUGGCCGUGUACAAGCCCAGAAUUAAAAUAAAGAAUUUGUGUGUUUUGUAACUGCUAUGUUGCAUUUAGGUUGGUUAUAGCUAGAAAGCAUUGCGCUUUCAAUUUCAUGUGCCUGCAGCCGGCAGCUCCGCAGUCACAUUGUCGGUCAGACAGCUUUAACAUUGUGCCUUGUACCAUUUUUUGCAGAAUUGCUCCACUGUGUGUUUUACACAUGCCUGCUAAUUUCCUGUAUUUAAAAAAGUGACAUAUGAGUUUUAAGAGUACAUAGAAAGCUGAAGGUAAUAUGAUGACUUAAAAGCUUUGCCACCACCUUGUCUUGUGAUGCCAAAAAACCUUUAUUGAAAAAUAUUACUGCUUCAUUAUUAUAACAAUCAAGUAAGCCCAAAGAAAGAAAAUGUCCUAAAUGUGUAAAUAACCUCAAAUAUUUCCAACUUGUAUCAUUUUAUGCAAUAGUAGUGUUUAUUUCCAUUAAUAUUAUGCAUAAUAAGUAUUUUGUCUGCCUUUUUUUUGUUUAUUGGACCUACAUUUUAAUAUUAUACAACAUGCUACAGAGGUGGGCUCGACCAUCACCUGCAGUAUGUUGGAUUGCCUUGUUACUGUACGUGCUAUGCAUCUUUGUGUGGCCUGAUCUCUGUGCAAAUUGGUAUUUAUUCAGCAUUUUCUUAAGUUUGCGUUUACAAUCUGAAUUAAUUCAAUACAGCCAAAGUGCCGAAGGCGAAAUUUUGAUUUAUUAAAUACAUGUGAGUGAAUAACUGUUACCUGUCAGUGUUCUAUAAAACAAUCCCUCCCCCGUCCCGAUGUGCUGUCAACAAAUAUUGAUCAUAACAAGCGUCUGAGCCACAGGAUUUAUUGAAUGGUUACUGCAAACUCAGUGUGUGUUACAACAUGACGGCUUGUAGCAUGUACCGAGACCGGAUGUGGGAUUGAUGUUGAACAUUUGAACGUUUCCUCUGUUGUUUGUAAUCCAGGGAAAGUGAUCCUCUUAGGGAGGUGUACCGACUUCCUCGGGGCUCAGACCCACUUAGGAAAGAAAGCCAAACUGGUCUCAUUCUUGCAGAAUGCUUCACAUGAGCUGCAUUUUAUCACAAAGCUUUGCUUAAAAUACAAGUUCUAUAGAUAAACACAUUCCACUAUUUUAUCAUUAUGUGUAUGUUACUGUUGUGCAUUUCAGUGCAGAUGGCACAACUUUCUCUAUGUCAUAUAGAAGUAAAACUAUCCGCUGGGCUGAUUGUUGUGAGGCAGAACUUCGGCACCUCGAGCCACAAAUAGUUCAGUGCAUGGUUUUAUUUGAUACUUUACUACUCUGAUGGACUGAGAUGACUCUGUGCAAACAGAUACUGCUCUGAUACUGGAUAUCAUCAUUGCAAUGUUUGCAAGCAGAUUUAUUCAUGUUAACACACCAAAGUGCAUGUUCUCAACUUGAAAUUUGGAAAGUUGUUUCUUAUUAUAUUUAAUGUCAUUCUGACACUUCAUCAGAAUAAACACAUAUGCCAAUGCUA